GACAAAGACCAGAUUUGUACCAGCACACAAUUUUAAAAGAUACAUGGAUGUGGGUAUGGCGGUGAAGCUUACCUUGUUAUUGUUUGUUGCUGCUGUUGUUCCUGUUGUGACUAUCAGACCUCUCAAACUGGAUAGAGCUCUCUAUAAUAAACUGAUCACGGAAUCACAAACUGAACCACAAGAGGAAAUUGUCAAUACACAUAAUGCCUUCAGGAGAAAAGUGUCCCCGCCAGCCAGGAACAUGCUGAAAAUGAGUUGGAGUUCAGCUGCUGCAGAGAAUGCUAGAAUCUUGGCGAGGUACUGUGACAAGUCAGACAGUGACUCACUUGAGAGGCGACUACCAAAUACAUUUUGUGGAGAAAAUAUGCUUAUGGAACAUUACCCCUCUUCCUGGUCAAAAGUUAUUGAAAUCUGGUUUAAUGAGUCCAAAUACUUCAAAUAUGGAGAAUGGCCAUCCACAGAUGAUGACAUCAAAACUGAUCACUACACUCAGAUGGUCUGGGCCUCUACCUACCUCGUUGGCUGUGAUGUUGCAGCUUGUCGCAGGCAAAAGGCAGCUACAUAUCUUUAUGUGUGUCACUAUUGUCAUGAGGGAAAUAAUCAAGAUACACUAAAUAUGCCUUAUAAGGAGGGCUCACCAUGUGAUGAUUGUCCAAAUAACUGUGAAGAUGGACUGUGCACUAACCCCUGCAUCUAUUAUGAUGAAUACAAUAACUGUGAUAAGCAGGUAAAACUUUAUGGGUGCUCACAUCCAGCUGUCCAGCCAUUCUGCAAGGCUUCUUGUCUGUGUAAAACUGAAAUAAAAUAACCUAAUAUUUGCUACUAUGCUCUGAAGAUAAAGUGUGUUUUCAGGAUCAAUUAUUUCACCUUAAUGUAAUGUAUUGUAAGACUUUGUACUGAAUUUCAUUUGUUUUUUUUCAAUUAUGCCCAAGUACUUAAUUUUUAACCAUCAUUUAUAUACAUUAAUAUAUUUUGUUCAAUUCUGUGCCCAGUGCAUGUAGUAAGAAAUCUUUAAAUUUCAUUGUUUAACGAAAGGGCAAGUCAAAUGCUUGCCCCAAAUUUAGUACAUGUGAUUUGUGAUGUGUAAGUAAACUUACUCCAGCUAAUGAAUGUUCUUCAUCUGUAACUUGCAGUAAAAUAGCUUUUUACCUAAUCCUUUUUCAAACAUCUCCAUUUCCCAACAACCCUAAUAUUUCUUGUUUUAAUGUUUAAUUUUCAUUCUAUUUUAAAUCAGACAUUAAAAAUAUUCUAC